CUGCAUCCAACAUGGCGACAGCUGGAGCCGCCAUUCUUCCACUUCUUCUCUGUUUAUGUCUGGUAGAUGUGUGUUCCGGUUACAACAUUGACGUUGUCCACGCCCGUGUCCUCCAUGGACCAGAAAAAAGUAUGUUUGGAUACGCCAGUGCCUUCAAGAGGACUCAGUCUGGAUAUAAGAUCAUUGUAGGCGCCCCAAAAGACAACUCCGAACGACGGAACUCUACUGGUGCCACACACGAGUGUGAUGUCACAGAGCCUUUUAGCUGUGUCAAGAUGCAUUUCCGGAGAGAAAUCACAGAGGCGCCUUCAGGAGCGUGGUACGUUGACAAUGAGAUGUACGGCUCCGUCAUCGUACAGACCAACGACUCGACCACUGUCUGCGCACCUCGAUUCAAUGACCUUCGUUAUGAGGGAAGUGGGGCUGCCUUUCUGAUAGGCCGCUGUGUUAAUGACAACGUCAACAUGCGACCAGCAGAAUUCUACCCUUUGGACAUUAAAACCUAUUUCAAAGAAAUUUACCUCGACAGCGGAAUUAGCAAGUCCGUUUACUUGAACGGUAUGGGUCAAGCCGGGAUGUCUGGUGACGCAAUGGCAGAUGGCAGCGUGUUGAUUGGCGUCCCAGGAUUCAAGGAAUGGAGGGGAGGAGUCGUUUUGCUGAAAAAGGAGGGCGACAUUGUGAUGAGACUGGAAUUAGAAAUGCCCUUUCGUAUUGCCGAAUUUUCAUACCUUGGCUACUCUGUGGUCACGGGGAAGUUGUGCGGUCAAAAAGACACCUGCUUUGCUGCAGGUGCUCCACGUGCAGAUAUAGUCUACGUAGUCAAUUACAUCAACUCAAUCAACCUACUUUCAUUGGUGAAGUCGUUGAGAGGCGAGCAGGCCGGGGCUUACUUCGGUGCCUCCCUUUGUACGGUAGAUGUUAAUGGAGACGACUUCGACGACCUGCUGGUCGGGGCUCCGUACUUCACCGACAGCAACGACGACAGUGAUCACAAGAAGAAAAUCUACAUGGAUGAAGGGCGGGUGUUUGUCUACCUGAACCUCCUCAAUGACAACAGACAGCGGGUCUUGACACAGAGCUCGGUUCUCAAGGGGAAGAAUGAAUACGGAGCCAGAUUUGGAACUUCCAUCAGUAACCUUGGAGACAUCAACGGUGAUGGUUAUGCAGAUGUUGCUGUUGGAGCGCCAUAUGAGGAUGAAGGACGCGGGGCGGUAUACAUCUACCACGGAGGGGAAGGAGGGGUGAACGCCGAGGCCAUGCAGAGAAUAGGAGGCCGCGACAUCAACGACACGGAGACAGUGGCGUCUUUUGGCUGGAGCAUCUCCAAACCUGCCGACGUGGACAGGAAUGGCUACCCUGAUAUCGCUGUCGGGGCGUACCUCUCGGAUUCUGCAGUCAUUCUCAGAACGAGGCCCAUAGUUGACCUCCACGCCAACGUCACGACUGACCCCCAGCUAAUCAUCAAGGACAGGUCUAAUUGUCCGGCGGGGACUAGCGCCGACAGGUGUUUCCUGCUGAGGAUCUGUUUCCACUACACUGGAGUCAGCCUACCUUCCAGCCUCAUAUUUGACUACGUACUCUCGGUGGAUACAUACAAAGGAAAUGGACAAAAGCGUAUACUCAUGAACUCGACACAGGGCUACGUCGACUCCAUAUCUGAUGUAAUAACUGCUAACAGCCAAACAGGGGCGUGCCGGGAGUUUCAAGCCAUCAGUGUAAAUGAUCGAGCAGAUAAGGAUCCGUUCACUGUGGUCCGUGUUGAGGCCACGUACCAACUCCCACAACCGGCGGAUCCCAACUCCGACAUCCAGCCGGUCACUAACAAGUCACGUCCCGACAAACUCAUCAAGGAUGUGGCCUUUCAACUUGAGUGUGGUGAAGACAACCAGUGUUGGUCUGACCUUGUCGUUGACCUGGAGGCGAGCAUCAAUAACGCGGAUGGGGCCGUUAUUAGGGAAGAUAUAAACAAGGAUGUCGUUAUCAACGCGACAAACGGCCUGGUGCUGAACGUGGCUGUCAGGAACGACAUGGAAACCGCAUUCGCCACAGUAGUUUAUGUCACGUGGUCUGGGACUGUGUCGAUGCAGACGACAGAGUCAUCUUCUCAACAACCUGUCGUCUGCGACGGAGACGCCGAGGAAAUCGGGGUAUUCCGAAAUCGGCUGAAAUGUGACGUUCUCCUUCCGGUGUAUUCCAAGGAGAUGUUUGCCUUUCAAGUCUUCUUCACGGCAGAUGAUAUCAGGACUGAUAUGUCCCCGCUAGAAUUUAACGUCUUUGUUCAAACCGGAAGUAACGAGACGACACCGGAUGAUAACAAAGCCAAUCUAACUACUCGCGUCUGGAUCGAUGCUCAAACAGGAAUCAUUGGAAAGUCCGAUCCCGACCAAGUUCUGGUACGGAUGGAUGAACUGGACAAAACCAAGGUUACUAUCGGGCACAAAUACGUCAUCAAGAACGCUGGUCCUAGUUUCUUGCCGUACACACGUGUCUCCGUCAACCUUCCAUACUUCAACCAGAAGAAGGAGGCGCUAGUGGAGGCAGCAGACAUCAGAAUCCUACAUGAAGACGGAACAAGCGUCGGCUGUCAGCGAUACAUAAAAAGUAAAGGCAUCGCGCAGAGUUCCACCACAUCAACAACAUCAACGACAACGUCGACUGAACCAGUGGAGACAACGACUGCUUUCUUACCCGUCCUGCCUCCUUCCAAAUUAAAGGAGCGCAAAACAAGAGCCAUCGCAAAAAACGUCCUGGACAUGGACUGUGCAGACUUCAAGUGUGUUGAGUACACGUGUCCUCUGCAUCAUCUGAGCCCGGGGAGUAGCGCCAUCGUCAACAUCACCGUCUGGAUCCCAGGAAGCAGCCUGCCCUUUUAUGAUCGGGUUGACUUCCUGAGGUACUACACUGAAGCCACCGUGAUCCAACCUGACCACCCCCUGCUCUACCCCUGGGGACAGGCUGUCGAGACGAAGAUAAUGACGCCAAUCUACCCCGAAAAUCCACCCGGCAAGGUCAACAUCUGGAUCAUCAUCGGCAGCGUCCUUGCCGCCAUCGUCAUCCUCAUCAUAAUCUUCAUCGUGCUGUGGAAGUGCGGCUUUUUCAAGAGGGAGAAAAAAGGCAAGGUGCAGAAAUGGAAGCGAGAGAGCGGUUACUACGGGAGAAACCAAUCACGUGCUCCACGAAACAGCAAAGCCCCAGAAGACGCCAAAGAGAGUCCAGAAGAGUCCAACGAAACCCCCAUGGAGUCGGCCAAAGAUGAAAAGGGAGCCAUGUCAUCAUAGAGAACAAUGGAUAUUUAAAAAAAUAUUUUCUUUAAAAUAAUGGAAAGCAAAAACUUUGUCUAGGUUUUUACACUUAAUACCUUAUGUCCAGCAAAAAAUGUUGCAAUGAAAGAAAAUGUUUAGUCUCUCCUCGUAAAGAAGAAAAUGUUAAAAAGCAACAAAAUAUUGUACUAAAGAAAACGUCCCUAAACCUAUUCAUGGUGUACUCAAAUGCUCAAAAAAGAAAAGAAUGUAUCAAAAGCUAAAAUAUUCUUAUAAGAAAUAUGCAAUCCUCACUAAACCUAUUUAGGGUGUACACAAUAUGAAUAACUGAAAUGUUCAAUUUCUCCUUGAACAGAAAAGAAUGUAAAAAACUAAAUAUUCUU